UUGAUGAAAAGCACAACCAAGAAGGCGGCGGCGUUGUUUUAGAUCAGUGAUGCUUGGCGUUAAAUACUCCUUCAAAACCGAGCAGACGUGAUUUCUGUUUCACAGAUCACUGGACCAAACUCAGAUGGUUGACGUACAUUCUGGUCAAGCUAGGUAAACCUCACCAUUGGGAAACAGCUAUUUUGGUGUGACAUUACAAGGUGGACUAACUUUCUCAUUACGAGACCCAAUAUUGUCUGUACUAACCAACCAGAGAUGUAAAAAAUGGGUUCAAAGGUGAAGGGGUCUACGGUGGAGAUACUGGGCUCCGCCCCCCUACUCCAAGUCCCGCCCAGGAUGUCGACCGAGUCAGGAGCGAGGAACAAUGACGAACACUACCACAAGGAGGAGCAUCAGAUCAACCAGAAGGUGCCGAACCACAACAAGAUCCUGACCUCUCUCAUGGCAGGAGCUAUGGCUGGUGCUAUCGCCAAGACAACCAUUGCUCCUCUGGAUCGCACCAAGAUAAACUUUCAGAUUUCCAACACACGAUAUUCUGCACGUAACUGCGUACAGUUCCUUUACCAAUCCUGGAAGCAGGAGGGAUUGCUCAGUCUAUGGCGAGGAAACUCAGCAACGAUGGCACGGAUCAUUCCAUAUGCCUCCAUCCAGUAUGCCGCUCAUGAGCAGUACAAACGUCUCCUCAACAGAGACCGGCGGAAAAAGCACCUGCCACCUGGAUUGCGCUUCACAGCUGGGGCUCUGGCAGGCGUGACCUCUGUGGCCUGUACCUACCCUCUAGAUAUGGUCAGAGCUCGCAUGGCUGUCACAAAGAAAUGCAGGUAUCACAAUUUACCCCAGGUAUUCAUGGCUGUGUACAGGGAGGAAGGGUUCAGGACACUCUACAGAGGUUUUACUCCCACCAUCUUAGGUGCUAUUCCUUAUUCGGGUACAAGCUUCUUUACCUAUGAAACUCUAAAGAAGUUUCAUGCAGAGUAUGCUAAGGGCAGAAACCCCACCCCGGUGGAGAGGUUGUUGUUUGGGGCUGUGGCUGGGCUGCUGGGUCAGACUAUGUCCUACCCGCUGGACAUUGUCCGGAGGCGGAUGCAAACUGCUGGUGUCACAGGUCACGGUAACGACUACACAUCCAUUAUGACGACGGCUAGGAAGGUGAUUUUAGAAGAAGGCUUUAUCCGGGGGAUGUACAAGGGGCUCAGUCUCAACUGGAUCAAGGGUCCCAUCGCUGUCGGCGUCAGUUUCUCUACAUUCGACACUGUACAGCACUACUUGCGGAAGGUCUGGGUUGUCCUGUAUGACGAUGAUGAAGCCUCAUGACACAGAGACGUGGCAGCCUAGAUUUGACAGGGAAAAGAUGCUCAGGCAACAAUGUCACAGUGUGAUAUACAUGUAGUAGCAACAGAUUUACAGUGAGAUGAACAUGAAAUAGCAACAGUGUAACAGUGAGAUGAACAUCCAAUAGCAACACUCGAACAGUGAGAUGCACAUGUGAUAGCAACAAAGUAACGGCAAGAUGUACAUGUAAUAACAACAAAGUAACAUUGAGAUGUACAUGUUACAGCAACACUGAAACAGUGUUAUCUACAUGUAAUAGCAAGGCUAUUAUAGCAACAGUGCAACAGUGAGAUGUACAAUGUAAAUAAUAGCAACGAUGUACUAGCAACGAAUUGCAUUUACCUUCAUUAUUCAAGGAUGGAGUGCUGUAUGUUGAAGUGACAAGACAGUCCAGAAUUACCCUCAUAAUGUCAAUAAAGAUGAGUACAGUACUGAGGUGAGGUGGGGGUGUGACCUCCAAGUACUGGGG